AUGGAUUCACAGGGACUGGCCAGUACUUCUCUUCCAUCCAAUCUUGUGGAACAUGAUCAUACUCCUUUUCCUGAGUCUGGAAUCAAAGAAACAUUGAUAGAAAAGAGAGAGAGAAUUAGUAACGGCAGGAGAACUCUGAGGGUUCCAAAACGGAUGGAACAGCCCAUUUAUGUCUAUUAUCAGCUUGACAAUUUCUACCAGAAUCACCGCAGGUAUGUGAAGAGCCGAAGUGAUCAGCAAUUGAGAAAUUCAGGAGAUGAGAAUGACACAAGUGGCUGUAAGCCUGAAAAUACUGCCCACGGGAUGCCAAUUGUACCUUGUGGUCUUAUAGCCUGGAGCCUGUUCAAUGAUACUUAUGGCUUCACUCGCAACAACCAGUCGGUGACCAUAAACAAGAGAGAGAUCUCGUGGAAGAGUGAUAGAGAUCACAAAUUUGGCAAAAAUGUCUACCCAAGGAACUUUCAAAAUAAUACUCUAGUCGGUGGAGCACGCCUCGAUGCAAAUAAAUCAUUGAGUGAGCAGGAGGACCUUAUUGUUUGGAUGCGAACUGCAGCGCUUCCAACUUUCAGAAAACUGUACGGGAAAAUAGAGAUGGAUCUUGAGGCCGGUGAUGUCAUUAAUGUGGAGUUGCAAAAUAAUUAUAAUACCUAUAGUUUCGAUGGCAAGAAGAAACUUGUCCUUUCUACCACCAGCUGGCUUGGAGGGAAGAAUGACUUUCUUGGUAUUGCAUAUCUUGUAGUGGGUGGAUUGUGCUUCUUUCUCGCGAUCGUUUUCACAAUUAUCUAUCUAGUUAAGCCAAGGCAACUUGGAGACCCAUCUUAUUUGUCAUGGAACCGCAACGCAGGAGGUACGAAUACAAAUGGACGUAUUACCAGUCCAACCGUUGCUAUUCAUAUUAACUACAUGGCUUCAUCGACAUUGCUAUUCCACCAGCUCGAGACAGCGGAGCCAUUUUUCCUGUUUGCAGGCCCCAAUGUGAUUGAAUCAGAGGAUCACGUUCUUUUUAUGGCUAAGAAUAUCAAGGUCAUCACUUCUAAGCUUGGGUUGCCAUUGGUUUUUAAGUCGAGCUUUGAUAAAGCUAAUAGGUCAUCCUCUAAGUUGUUUCGCGGACCUGGCUUGGAGGAAGGCUUAAAGUGCGAAGCAGUUGGCAGGAUUGCAGACAUAAUUCAGAUUCCUGCUUCCUUAUGCUGGCAGGUCAUGGUAAAUUCUGCUGAAAAGAUUAGGUUGGCUGGAAAUCAAAAUGUUAUGGUUUGUGAGAGAGGAACAAUGUUUGGCUAUAAUGACUUGAUCGUUGGUCCCCGCAACUUCGAGUGGAUGGUGGAGGCUGAUUGUCCUGUUGUUAGAUUUUUGGCCCGUGCUCUGUUGUGCACCAAUAUUGAGACAAGCAAACGCUCUAUUCUCUUAAACAUCCCUAGUCACAAAUCUUCUUAUGCAGUUGCUGUUGGGGUGGAUGGAAUUUUUAUGGAGGUGCACAAUGAACCUUUAAAAGCUCCAGUUGAUGGUCCAACUGGGAAAGUUUCACCCUCUUCGACAUUUGGAGGAACUGCUGGAAGAGCUCAUAGCAAUUGCUGCUGGGUUAACUCUUAUGCUGCAGUCUCUUUCUUAAGCUUUGCAAGCUCCUGCCUCACAUCGCCAGCCUUCUUGACUUUUGCCAAUAUUAGUUUAAACCUAUCAAAAUCAUUUAGAGAGGCUUUUCUCUUCUGCACAAUCAGCUUCCUUCCCCAGAAACUGUUUUCCCACUUUCUUGACAUCAGCAACAAUAAGAGUCUUUUUUCUUCCGAACCUAUUGAUGUCCAUCUUGAUGUUGGUAAGAGAAAGCGUCUUAAAGUUCAUUUGGCUCCUCACCAUAUGAGAUGCAUCCAUGAGAUCCGGGGUUUGGUCGAUGACCUCAACAAUGAAGAGGGUCAGCAAGGGGAAAGCUAUGCUUUUAAAUUGAUCUCACUCCAUUCAGUUCAUGAGAAUUCUGGAGCUUCUCAUAGGACUGGACACUUGUGUAUAGCGCCUCUUUAG